AUGUCUGAUCCAGUCCGCUUCAAUUGGAAUCUCUUUCCAUCCACAAAGCUCGAGGCAAACGAGAUGCUGACCCCGUUGGGGUGUAUGUAUACGCCUUUAGGCGCCGAAGCCUUGGUGACCAGUGGAGAAGUGAUCAAAUGUUCACUGUGCUCCAACAUCAUCAACCCCUUCAUCAAGGUGGACCGUGAAAACCGCAUGUGGUGGUGCCCUUUCUGUUCAAAGAUGUCCUUUUUCCCAGAGACUUUUGAGUUGCACGAGAAGGGUGCCAGUGAUGGUGCUGUGCCAACAGAGAUCAGACCUAGUAGCCAUAAUACUGUGGACUAUAUUCUUCCCAUAGACAUUUCUGCAAAGGAUCAACAGUUUGUUGUUGCGUAUGUUAUUGACACAUACCAGCAUACUGAUACCAUAGAACAGAGGGAGUUCGACACUUUGAAGAAUGCCAUCGCUGACAGUAUGGCACUUUUACCUAAGGAUACCCUUGUCCUUAUGGUAACAUUUAAUGACACAGUAGAGGUGCAUAUUCAAGAAAAGACAAAUGUGGUAGCAUUUCUGCCUGAACUUUUGUUUCUGGAAAACUAUGAUUUCUCCAAGUUAUUCACGGACCAAAAGUUGAUCCAAGAGGUUUUCUCCAAAUUGGACAUAGAUCGCACUCUAGCACCAUCCCCAGAUAUGUCCAGCCUUCUAAAAUCCGGUAUCAUUGCUCCCAAUCUGAAAUCUUUACAAGACUAUGUCAAAACAUUGAGACCUAAGCUCACCCAUUCGUUCAAACCUGCAAGAGCAACAGGACUUGCUGUUUUCUUGACGACAUUACUUCUUUCCAACUCAUUCACUGGAUUGAUUGGAAAAGUGAAUUUAUUCUGUUCAGGACCUGCCACCUCAAAUCCUGGUAGAAUUGUCGAGGAGUCUGCAACUAUGAGAUCUCAUCAUGAUGUAGCCAACUUCAAUGCUCCCCACUUCAUCUCGGCUGCCAAGUUUUACCAGACCAUGUCUUUUGUUUCUUGUGGCUAUCUUCUAAAUGAUGCUUACACUGCUGUUUACACUUCAAGCGGAAAAGUGGUGAACUACGCAGUUUCAGACUCAUCACCAAAGUUUUCAUUUGAUAUAUAUACGGGCUCCUUGGACCAGGUCGGAGUAUACGAGAUGAAGAGUUUGGCAUCAGGAAGCUCUGGAAGUAUUGUUUUAACAGAUGGAUUUCAAAGCACCCGAUUUAAGGAGAACUUGAAUGUCAACACAUCCAGCAUUCUAGAGGAGAAACACAACUGUAAAUUUACAGUCACAACAUCUACCGGUAUUAAAGUCAUGAAAGCUAUUUGUGCGGGCACCGAACUUCAAUCAUCAUACCAGUCAGAGAAACUCUCGGCUUUACAUCAUGCGAAAAUCUCUGAUAUGAUCACACGAUUUGAUCUGUCAAUGAAAAAGAGAAACUUCACGAAUCAAUGGUACUUGGGAAAUCUCAAUGAUUUAGAUACUAUUGCUGUAUACUUCGAGAUGGAAACUGUGAACUCAUCGUCAAUGCUUGAUGAAAUCAGUGGAGCAAAAGAGGUUUAUAUCCAAUUUCAAACCAAAUUCUACGAUUUGGAGUCUGCAAAUACCAUUCUCAGGGUUACCACCGUUAAGAGACCAACAACUCUUUCUGUUCUCGCAGCCAACAAAGUCAGACUCAGUAACAAUACCUACAAACUUGUCAAUACCAGGAGCUCUAUCGUCAAGGAAAAAGCACUCUUGGAAAGCUUCGAUUAUAAGGCAUGGAUGGUGUUGUUUACUAGAUUAUUGAUCAACAAAAUCGACACGACGAUUGGAUACGAGUCGUUUGAAGAGGUUGUUAAUGAUGUUGAUUCAGCAUUAAUUCGUCUCACUCGAUUCUUUGGAGGUCUCAAAAUCGAUACCAGAUCAAGUUCGAACCCUUAUGACAAUCUCAAACUCAUUUAUUCCAUCAGCGAGAGUUUUAAAGAGUUACCUGCUCUUUCCUACAGUUUGAGAAGAAACCCUCAACUUAUUCGGAUAUUCAAUAGUUCCCCCGAUGAAACAGCAUACUACCACCACAUGUUCAACAAAUGCGAGACCGACACAUCUUGUGUAAUGAUUCACCCUAACUUCUACAAACUUGAAUCGACCGGGCUACUUGAGAAACUUUCACUUGACGUCACAAGUCUAGAUACUCAGGCCGGGGAUGAUAGCUUUUUCGUUUUGGACUCCAUCUUCAAUGUGAUCAUAUACUAUCGAUACAGCGAUUCGAAGCAUAAAAUUCCACUUCACAAUUCGAACAACGAUGAAUUGAUUUACAGAAAAGUCAGAGACCCGAAAUUGACCAGCGUUUUGGAAACAGUAAAGACACAACUCAUUGAUGGAAGGAAUAUUAUUCCCAACAUCGUCCUAACUCAAAGCGGGCACUCUCAGGCUAGAUUCUUGUUAGCCAGGCUUUAUCCAGUGCUUGACAAACCAGAGGAGGAGGCUUCCCAACAAACCAGCUGGUGGAGCUUUUUCGCCAAACUGAACUCCAACCAUGCGUUGAUGACUGACGAUGUCAGUGUUAACAAGUACUAUGACGAGCUACUUGACAAGGUCCAGAAUUACAAGAUCGGCACCAAUUAUUAG